AUGUCUUCUGUUUUCAAAGCAGCAGCUGUUCAUGCAGCGCCAGUAUUUAUGAACAAAGUUGCAACGACUGAAAGAGUAAUUGAAUACAUAAAAGAUGCAAAGAAAGCAUCGGUUGAACUCCUCGUCUACCCGGAAACAUUUAUUCCCGGUUAUCCAUAUUUCAUUGAAUGUUAUCCAACCUUGAUACAACCACCUGUACUUGCUGAAUACAUCGAACAAUCUGUUGAAAUUGAUGGACCAGAAAUCAGUAAAAUUCAAGCGGCUUGUCGCGAUUAUGGUGUGUGCAUUAUACUGGGCGUUUCUGAGCGAAUGUCAGGUACUCAUACGUGUUUUAAUUCUCAAAUCUUCAUUGAAUCUGACGGAACACUACUUGGAGUUCAUCGAAAACUUCAACCGACCUAUGUUGAAAGAAUCAUUUGGGCUAAUGGAGGUGGUUAUACAUUGCGGUGCUAUCCAUCGAAAUGUGGAAUUCUUGGCGGAUUAGCAUGCUGGGAAAACACAAUGAACGGUGCACGACAGGCACUCAUUCAACAGGGUGAACAGAUUCAUGCAGGUGCAUGGCCUGCUUUGAGCACUAUGGCUGGAUUUGAAGCUGUAGCCGAUAUUCAGGUAGUGUCAUAA